AUGAACGCCACGUCGCCGCGCUCCUCGGCGGAGACCCUGUCCGACGACGUCGACGUGCCCGCCGAGGCGGCCGAGGCCGGCGACAAGCCCCUGCUCGACUUCGACGACGUGCUGCCCCACAUCGGCGAGUUCGGCUUCUACCAGAAGUGCCUCUUCCUCAUGAUGAUCCCGUUCGCCUGGUUCGUGGCCUUCGUGUACUUCAGCCAGAUCUUCAUCACCCUGGUCCCCGAGGGGCACUGGUGCCACAUCCCCGAGCUGCAGGACCUCAACCCGGACGAGAGGCUGGCGCUGGGCGUGCCCAAGACCGCCGAGUUGGGGUACGCGCGCUGCCUGCAGUACGACGUCAACUUCACGGAGCUGGUGCGGCAGGGCGUGCGCCAGGCCGACCCGUCCUGGCCCACCGUGGCCUGCCGCCACGGCUGGGAGUUCAACCGCACCGAGGUGCCCUACGAGUCCAUCGCCGCGGAGCUGGAGUGGGUGUGCGACAACGCGGCGCUGCCCAACGUGGCGCAGUCCGUGUUCUUCGGCGGCGCCAUCGUCGGCGGCCUGCUGUUCGGCUGGGUGGCGGACCGCUGGGGCCGCGUGCCCGCCCUGGUGGGCUCCAACAUGGUGGGGCUGGCGGCCGGCAUCGCCACGGCCUGGGCCGGCUCCUUCUGGGUCUUCGCGCUGUGCCGCUUCUUCGUGGGCUUCGCCUUCGACAACUGCUUCACCAUGAUGUACAUCCUGGUGCUGGAGUACGUCGGGCCCAAGUGGCGCACCUUCGUGGCCAACAUGUCCAUCGCCAUCUUCUUCACCAUGGCGGCGUCGCUGCUGCCCUGGCUGGCCUACUGGCUGGCGGACUGGCGCCUGCUCUGCAUCGCCACCUCGGCGCCCCUGCUGCUGGCCGCGCUCACGCCCUGGCUCGUCCCGGAGAGCGCAAGGUGGCUGGUGUCGCAGGGCCGCGUGGAGGAGGCGCUGGUCAUCAUGAAGCGCCUGGAGAAGUCCAAUGGGACCGCGGUGCCCGCCGGCGUGUACCAGCAGUUCGAGGACAGCUGCAUCAAGCUGAAGAAGCAGGAGGACGCCGACAAGACGUACUCCGUCGUGGACCUGUUCCGCAGCCCGCGCCUCCGGAACACCACCCUGCUGCUCAUCGUCAUUUGGAUGAUCGUGUCCCUGGUGUUCGACGGCCACGUCCGGAACGUGGGCCAGCUGGGCCUGGACGUGUUCGUGACCUUCACGGUGGCGUCCGCCACCGAGCUCCCCGCCGACUCGUUCCUCACCGUCGUCCUGGACCGCUGGGGCCGGCGCUGGCUGGCCUGCGGCUCCAUGGUCGUCAGCGGCCUCUUCAGCCUCGGCGCGGUCGCGGCGCCGCCCGGAGUGGUGUCCGCGUCGCUGGCCAUCAUGGGCCGCUUCAGCGUCAACAUCUCGUACAACAUCGGGCUGCAGUACGCCGCCGAGCUGCUGCCGACCGUGGUGCGCGCGCAGGGCGUGGCACUCAUCCACAUCAUGGGCUACGUGGCCAGCAUCCUGGCGCCCUUCGUCGUGUACCUGUCGGUGGUCCACCCCGCGCUGCCGCUGCUCAUCCUGGGCUCCAUGGGCGUCGUCGGCGGCGUCCUGGCGCUGUUCCUGCCCGAGACCCUGGACCAGGACCUGCCGCAGACCCUGGCCGACGGCGAGCAGUUCGGCCGCGACCAGCGCUUCUUCGAGUUCCCCUGCUGCGGCACCCGGCCGAUGGAGACGCCCAAGCCCGCGCUGUACAGAGCGACCUCGCACAGGGCGUCCUUGAGGGCGUCGACGCGCGGCGAGGCGCUGCGGUCGUCCAUGAUACACAGGGGCUCCAUCAGCUCCAGGAGAUCGGCCGGCAAGAGGUCCUCGGACGACUCCUCGCACGCCGGAGCGGCCGGAGCGGUGGUGUGAGCACCGGCCGGUAGUUCCGUAAUUUAUUGUACAACAAAAUAACGAGGGGUCAACCACUCGGGUAAUCGUGUGUACACUUCGUCCAGUGGUCAUUGGCCAUUAGUCGUCAAACCUGGCUAUUUUCGCUGUUUUUAUCGGAUUUUUAAAAAAUGAAAAUAGCCCAAAAAUGCUCUUAGCUGGCCAAAAUUAUAGAGUUUUUUGAGUAUUUUUUGUAGGUAAUCGCCGGUAAUCAGUAAUCCUGUGUACACUCCUGAGCUGAGUGGUGGACCCCUUGACAAAUAACUGAGCGACGGCGAUGAGUGGAGCAUUAUUUAUUUUGUGUGCAGCAGGGGCCGACUACCAAAGACGUUUUCAUCUUUUUUUGUGAUAUUGUGGAGCGUGAGUGGCACUAGUACCUGACUCGUAUCGUACAUUCAGUCAUGUAAAACCAGAGUGAAUGAAUAAAUUAUUUUGUCCUAAAAUA